GCAGAAAGAGAUCACUAACUUGCAGUUGGAAGGCACCAACUUGGAAACUCCAGUAUAGUUUCAACAAAGUCAACCGCAAGAUCCUGCACCUUAGUUAUCCUUGGGGGUAAAAGAGAUGGGCUAUACUACGCUUCAAGAACCAAGUUCACCAGAGAAGAAUCAGAUGGGAGUGGAGUCACUGGGCACGGGAAGGUCUGGACAGCAUCCAUAUACACUUCCAAUCCAAGUUCCAACAUCUUACGCUGUUGACUGAUAGAAGCAUCCUCCUUAAACAGAGACUCAGUAGGCAAAGAUGUGGCACGAGAAGCAUGAAAAGGCCAAAUCAUGACCAACUACGAUGCAUGAAUUAUGAAAGUUAUGGAUACUUAUUAGUGCAUAUUUUAAUUUAAUAUAUUAUAUAAUUUAUU